AUGGAGAACCUCUUCGUACAUGCACACCAACCUCGUAUCAGCGACGCGGCUAGAGCUGCCACCGCUCCUGACUCCGCAUUCAUGGAAAACUAUAGGCAGGCUCUUUUAGCCAGUCCCAAGUAUUGCACCCGUGCCGACUGUUGCUCCUUCUUCACAUUCGAAGAAGAUGAAGUGUCGGGAUCUUCGUCGGCUGACGCGCUGCCCGCGGCCAACGAUGUCCUCCGCCGGGAUCUUGAAGCUGGUGCUGCCGACCUCCGCAUCCCUAGAGAUACUGAGCCACGACUGUCAGGCCUCGAAUACCCCUUGUUGCUUUUUGCAGAUCUUCCGCCCUUGCCCGAUAACGAGACUUUGAGUUGCCUUUUGGAAGAAUUUCACCAUGUUUUUGUGUCUUCUUCACCAUUCCUCCAAUCCAUGUCACUCCCUAGGUCUGGGGCACCUCCUUAUUUGAUUCUACCCAUGGCACUCUUGGGUGCCGCUAUUUCUACAAAUCCUGAGCACUCUCAGUGGGUCAAGAAGCUCUGGCGCGCCACAGAGGCUCUUCUUGUUGGAGUCCUUGAAGUUGACAACUCCCUGGCACGGAGUUCUGAUUACCUUCAUGCGGCAACGUUGCUGAUGGCAUAUGGAGUAUUGCAGGCCCACGGGCAAGUGUGGCGCAAGACUCAGGCAUACAGCGGGUACCUGGCAGCGCCGCUACACAAAAUGAGACUCAAAGAUAUUGGGUCAAACACAGGCAGCGCGGCACAAAGACUUGUCGAUUUGCAUGGUAGAGGAAACAUUGGAACUCUCGGGUUCUAUUUCUUAGUUGAUGUUCUACGCGCUAUCCAUUUCAACACGCCGCCAUCUCUUACAGCAGCCGAGCUGUCUCUACCAAUUAGCCGAGGUCACGACUUCAGGCCACUCUACAAGACUCUCGUAGUGGACCAUAAGCCCCUGCCGGUGGCGCUUUCCUCUGACGGAUAUUUGUUACUGCUCAUCGCCCUGUUAUCAGACAUUGUCUCGGCCUCUCACGGUUUUGGGAGUCUGACGGUGCACCCGUCGUUGUCACACCAACAAACUUGUCCAGAUCAACAAUCCUUCCCGACCCGCCCACCAGGUGCGGACGAACCUCUGUUUUGGAGUGACGAGCCCACUGGUGGCUCACGGAAUCCACGUGAAUCUCUUCGCCAGGAGAGCCUCAAUUCGGCCUACUGCAAUCCACUGCUUCCUUUCUCUGCAACACAGGAGUACUUCCGCAUCAAAAAGAAUUUGGAAAAGGCUCUAGACGCCUGGUCAGUCUCAGUUGGCCUUUCAGGCGGCGGAGAUGUCGCCGACAAACCUACCGUCGUUGACAGCACCAUCAUCCCAAUUCUGCACUUCUGCCGCAUGCUGUUGGAGGCCGGUCCGUCCAUUUAUCUCCUUCCAGCGGUGGUGGGUUAUACGCCAAUCGGUGUUUCCUCAGAUUCACAGGAUCCUGGUGCGAGCUUCCAGAGGAACUUGAGGUCACUCGAUGUACAAAGGGCAGGGUUUUCCUUCAACAAUGCCGUAUUGUCCAGCGCAUGGCAAAUCCUGGAAAGCAUCGAAGCAGACCAUCACCAUACCGGUGUCGAUUCUGGUCAGUCAACUAGUGUAGGUGGCAGUGGUGGUGUUGAUGGUGGUUUCGACCCAAUGUCUCGUUCUGAUUCUUCGUCGAUCACUCCUAUUUGGUAUCCUCUGAUUGUUUUCUAUGCAGCACUUGUGGUAUGGGCACGGCUGCUGGAAGAUAGCAGUAGAAAAAGUAGCGGUGGUGACGUUAUUUUUAUUGCUAGAAAGAAGGUCUUGGGCACUUUCCAGAUCGAGCUCGAACAGAUGAAGCCAACUUGGGGAUGCACGGAGAGAAUGGUGGCGAUCAUCAAAUCACUUAAAUAG